AUGUUCCUGCUGAUGGGUGUGUCAGAAGUCUUUCUGCUUUUGGGCUGGGCAUGGAGAUCAGACUGCCUUUGCUCACCCACCACUUUUUACAAAAACUGCUGGAUCCGACGAUUCCCAGGCCUUACAAUUGAUCUGGAGCAUUCACAGAGGAGAGGGGCCCACAUCCUCAAAGUAUACACAGAAACCACAGCACAGCAGUGCAGUCGGACCUGCUGUCUCCUGAAGAAUGUUUCCUGCAACGUGGCAGUUUUCUACAAUGAAACAAAUAAACAGAGCCUUAACUGCUUACACAUUUAUUGCCCAGCUCUGGAGAGCUGCAUACUGAAGCCUACAAUCAAUGUUGUAUUAUACAACAUCACACCAGGGAUUGAUCCAGAUCUUCUUGUUUUUGAGAAGCUCUCUUUUAAAGAUAUGAAUACUAGGUCUUCUUUUAACAAAUGGGAAAGGCGUGGAGGCCCAAGAGUUGCUGAUUUGGGAAAAUGCCAGGCUGCAACAACCAGCUCAAGGUACCUUUUCCCCAAGGCCUCAUCCUCUACAGUGGUGACAAACAGCAGUGACACAAAUGCUGCAAGGAGUGCACCCGUCCCUUAUUUAGGAACUACAACUGCGUCAGUGACCGCCCAUUUUACUAAAGUGACAGACGGUAUUUCAGAACCAAAUAGCUCAACGGCCACAUCUGACAAUGCCACUGCCCUUCCUACCUCUGCGCUCACAUCCAUCAAGAUGUUAUCACAUCUGCCCAGCCCAGCCCAUCUGAAUAGCAGCAAACACUUGAAUGAAACUAAAGGAUACAGCGGAAGGAACUACACCUCAGAUGGCGAAGGCGAGAGGCCAGCUUCAGGAGAGGUGGGAAGGAGGAGCUGGCUGCUUCCGGUGGUGCUUUGUUCUUCCUUGACUUUGGUCUGCUGUUGCACUGUUUUUCUUGCAACGGGACGCCACCAAAAGAGGAGCGGCCAUUAUAAACCAAGACGGAGAGGCAUGUCAGUAGUAUCCAGGCAAUUUACAAGAUAA